UGGAGAGACAAAAAUAGACACAGUGAAGGAAAGAGAAAUAUAGAGAGAGACCGAGAAAUAGAGAGUUGGAGAGAGAGAUAGAGAGACAGUUUAGACUGGAGUAAAUAAAGCGCCUCACGAUGGAGUAUAAAUGAGUCUGUGGGACCGACAGUGAAGCAGUGAGACGGUUUAGACUGGAGUAUAAAUGAGUCUGUGGGACCGACGUUGAAGCAGUGAGACGGUUUAGACUGGAGUAUAAAUGAGUCUGUGGGACCGACGGCAAAGCAGUGAGACGGUUUAGACUGGAGUAUAAAUGAGUCUGUGGGACCGACGGCGAAGCAGUGAGACGGUUUAGACUGGAGUAUAAAUGAGUCUGUGGGACCGACGGCGAAGCAGUGAGACGGUUUAGACUGAGGUAUAAAUGAGUCUGUGGGACCGACGGCGAAGCAGUGAGACGGUUUAGACUGAGGUAUAAAUGAGUCUGUGGGACCGACGGCGAAGCAGUGAGACGGUUUAGACUGGAGUAUAAAUGAGUCUGUGGGACCGACGGAGAAGCAGUGAGACGGUUUAGACUGGAGUAUAAAUGAGUCUGUGGGACCGACGGCGAAGCAGUGAGACGGUUUAGACUGGAGUAUAAAUGAGUCUGUGGGACCGACGGCGAAGCAGUGAGACGGUUUAGACUGGAGUAUAAAUGAGUCUGUGGGACCGACGGCGAAGCAGUGAGACGGUUUAGACUGGAGUAUAAAUGAGUCUGUGGGACCGACGGCGAAGCAGUGAGACGGUUUAGACUGGAGUAUAAAUGAGUCUGUGGGACCGACGGCGAAGCAGUGAGACGGUUUAGACUGAGGUAUAAAUGAGUCUGUGGGACCGACGGCGAAGCAGUGAGACGGUUUAGACUGGAGUAUAAAUGAGUCUGUGGGACCGACGGCGAAGCAGUGAGACGGUUUAGACUGGAGUAUAAAUUAAUCUGUGGGACCGACGGCGAAGCAGUGAGACGGUUUAGACUGGAGUAUAAAUGAGUCUGUGGGACCGACGGCGAAGCAGUGAGACGGUUUAGACUGGAGUAUAAAUGAGUCUGUGGGACCGACGGAGAAGCAGUGAGACGGUUUAGACUGGAGUAUAAAUGAGUCUGUGGGACCGACGGCGAAGCAGUGAGACGGUUUAGACUGGAGUAUAAAUGAGUCUGUGGGACCGACGGCGAAGCAGUGAGACGGUUUAGACUGGAGUAUAAAUGAGUCUGUGGGACCGACGGCGAAGCAGUGAGACGGUUUAGACUGGAGUAUAAAUGAGUCUGUGGGACCGACGGAGAAGCAGUGAGACGGUUUAGACUGGAGUAUAAAUGAGUCUGUGGGACCGACGGCGAAGCAGUAAGACGGUUUAGACUGGAGUAUAAAUGAGUCUGUGGGACCGACGGCGAAGCAGUGAGACGGUUUAGACUGGAGUAUAAAUGAGUCUGUGGGACCGACGGCGAAGCAGUGAGACGGUUUAGACCCGCAGCGCUGAGACUGAAGGCCCUGCGCGGAACUACAGUUCGGGCUGUUGUUUCCGGGGGACUGUUUGAAAGGCGCGCCGCUCGUUCCGGAGCUGUUGUUUUGUUGCCUCCGUGCGGAUUUGCCCCGCUCUGUUGCCCCGUUUCUGUCCCUGUUUGUGAGUUUGAGCCGCUGGUUCUGAAAGAGGAUGAAGCCGAAACAGAAGCUGCGGCACGUGGUGGCCUGGAUGAGUCGCGCGGAGUGGGAGCAGCUGCUCGAGAACCUGCACUCCGGACAGACGGCGCUGCAGACGCACGCGCUGCACAGGCUGAGCGCGUGGAGGGGCAGGUUUGGGAACAAUACUCCGGUGGCCGUGGAGAGCACCGCUAACCUGGUCCGCUGUCAGGUCCUGGACAGCUCCGGCAAACUGGAGGGAGACGACCUGGUUCUGCUGUACAGCAUGGCGCUGACCAGGUGUGUUAACCUGAUCCUGGAGCGCCGGCAGAGCAGAGUCGCCAGAUCACUACGAAAUCUAGCCAGCAAGCUGAAUAUUCCGGAGUGGAUAGUGAACCUAAGGCACGACAUGACUCACCGCAGACUGCCUUCACUUAAAUGGUGCCGCAAAGGCUGCGAGUUCAUCUUAAACUGGCUCCGGCAGGAGUACUGGUCCAGACAGCUGAACGGCCGUGUGAUAGAGGACUGGAGCUCUUCGUCUGAGGAAGAGGAGGACGAAGAGGAGAGGAGCAAAAGACACGAGGAAGAAAGGGCGAAAAGACAGAGAGACAUAGAGGCACACAAGAAGGCCCGAGAGCUGCUCAUCUCCUACGAGCGAGAACAGUUUCAGGUAUAUGAGGAGUUGCAGAGCCGAAACUCGGAGCAUGGCCCUUGGCCCAACGCCACCGCUGACCUCAGCUGGAUCCUCGCUCAGAUCAAGCAGUUCGGCUCCGAGUCCAGAGAUGUACUGGUGGGGGCUUUAGUGCAGGAUGGCUUUCUGAUCCCAACAGGAGAGCAGCUGGAGUCGCUGGACAUCAACCCAUCAGAGGAUCUGCUGGACCCAUUAACUCCAUGUUUACCUAGAGUUUUUCUCCGUUUCUGGUUCCCGCUGUGGAAGGUCCUGAACUCGCCCUCUUUUAUCACUCCAAUAAUGGACAAGCUGUUCGCCGAGCUGUCUAACGAGCCGACCAAUCACAGGGCUUACUACAUCUCGGCCUGGAUCUCUGAGAUUCUGCACUGCAACAGUAAAAGUGAGUCGAAAGCAGUUAGGAGGAUGAAGAUGAUGAAGGAGAGGAUUUUCGUCAGUCGAGUUUUGUUCCAGUGGCAGGAUCUGAUAAGUGCAUGUCUGAAUGCGCCGUGUCCAGCUACGCCGUUCCUGCUGCAACAGAUUCUGAGUGACAUGGAUAAGCCCCUCCCCCCAGCAACACAGCAGAACUUGCUCCGCCUCUGCAGCAUCUACACGCAGAGUAACCAUGGUGACUGUUCACCUACCAACACUGACUCCUCCCAGACUGUAUACACACUGGAGAGCCUUCAGGAGAGACUGGAAGGAGCCACACAUGACAGACUCUCUCCAAACCACACCCCCCAAACGGUGCAGGCCACGCCCACUACGGACCUGCAGGAGUAUUUGAGCGCUGAGACGAUCCAGGAGAGAAAUGCAGCGUUACGUGGGUCACCGUGGAGUGUGUGUACAGAUAAGGUCCCCUGGAAACUGUACCCACUGGGGAAGGUUCCGGGCCAGUCGGAGGACCCGUCCUGUUUGAUGGUGGAGACGUACUCUACACUGACCGUGUUUGACCAGCAGGUGGAGCUGGACCACAUCCCCCCUCCCCAUGGCAACACAAGUGGGCUGAUGCAGAGCAGGACCGGAUCGGACGGGCCGCUGUGGACCCACAACGACCUCAGCAAACUGAAGGCUGGAUUGAAGCUGUUCUAGACUCACAUCGCUGCGGCGUACAUGUGCGCGUUUGUACUCGAUUGUUUUUGUACGAUGAAAACUUCAGUUUUUCUGUUCGUGAAGUUUUUCACACUGUUAGAAAACGCCAGCGUGAGCAUUUCAUGAUCAAACUCACUCGGAAUGCAAUCCAGCUGCAUUAAUACACAUUACAAACGUUC